AUGCCUGCUAGACUGAUUGAUUUGACAUGGACUGAGUGUUGGCGAAUUUUAUGUGAUACUGAUCCAGAUUUACGUGAAUUAGCUUCUACAGCAUUAGUUGCAUUAGCCUCCAAUCUGACUAGUGGCAUUGGUGAUAAUUUAGGUAUUUUUACUGGAGGUUUACUGCCGAACCGUAUCAAGCGAAGUUUGCACUUUUGGCUGCCACAACCGUAUUCAAUAAUUAAAUCAAAAGUUUCAUGUUAUGGUUUGGUUGGUGCUUUGGGUGUUCAUGGUUUACCACCUUGUUUAUCUACUCUACCAAUGGAAAUGGAUGUUGGACCUAUUGGACGACAGUUUUAUCAAUCACAAAUGUCACAGUUAUUGUAUUCAGAGGCAGAACACAAUAAAAUAAGUAACCAAGUUACCGAUUUUCGUUUAUGUAGUACAGGAACUACACGUCUCUUCCGUAAAUGUUUGACUGCUCUAAUGGAAUUGCCGUGUUCUAGUAUUUUACCUGAAGAUCGCUACAUGCUGCUUGGUGUUGUUGGUUGCUUGAACCAGUUGAUUGGAUCAUCUCAUUUACUCAGUUAUUCUCAUUUAUGGUUUGAUCCUUCUCCAUCAUCAUCAACUACCUCUGAGAGCACUUUAUCAAAUGAAAAUUCCGUAAAACCUACUCACCGCAGAUCACGUCUAUCUCUCUUAUCUUGGCAUUGUCUCACUCUGUUGUCUUCAGCCCCAGUAACAUCACUUGAUUUAGAACUCCAGUCUUCUUUAUUGAAUUUGUGUACUGGCUGUGUAACACGUUGGUCUGUCUAUACACUCUUGGAUAGAUCUUCGAAAGAUAAAAAUGGUAAUGAAUUACCUACUUCAAAUAAACAACAACCAUUUACUCGAUAUGCUUUGGCUUUUAUGCAACAUUUAAUGAGGGUUUGUUGCAUACUAUGGCAUAUUUUCGAAGGGAUUCGCUUACCUCAACAUCAUCAACAUGAUUCAGUAACCUCCAAAAUUCCAAUCAGUUCAAUUUACUCUGGUAUAUCUGAAUCAUUUAUGCAUUCUGUAGCGAAUUUAGCUCAGACAAGAACCCAUUUUUCUAUGACCAAAUUUGAUCACGAAAUCAUUAAUUCUCCUGCUGGUGCUUCCAAUAAUACUCCUAUGAGCGACAGUGGUACUAUUGGUGGUGUAGAUACAUCAUCUAGUAAGAAACGUAAUUAUGGAACAAAACUAGGUGGUUCUCUGAGAAAACAUUUGCCAGCACCUCGACAUUCUCCAACAUUAACUUCUUCAACUCUUGGAUAUUUUGCAAACUUGCCACAAUAUAUGUUAUUGUAUAAAACCCUUAAAACUGCAUAUAAAUCUUUUAAAAUAUCGGCUGAUUUAACUGGUUCUCAUGAUCGAUUAAUGGGCUUACUACAUACCUGUCUAUAUUCCUUUGGUCGAUUAUUGGAAAAUCUUCAUUUUGAUGAAACUGCUCCGUAUGCAGACGAAUUAUUAAUCUAUUUAACUUCAUUUUACAAUUGGCAGCCUGGUCCAUGCUUAGAGUUAUCAACUCAGUUACUACGAGCUUUUGUUGGUACAAACCUUUGUAAUCAAUGGGACGAUCAACUUUGUCAAUUAUAUUCAGAUGCAUUAAACGAUCAAGACAUAAAAAGUGAUUCUGAGGAGAAACAUUCUAAAAUUAAUUUAAAAAAUACUGUUGAUUUCCAUAUACGUAAAUUAUUGUAUCAGAAUAAAACAUUUACUAAUUAUCUAUGGGAUCAAAAUGUGUUGAGAGAAAACAAGGCUUGUUGUUGGAUUACAUGCCCAGAGCUUAUUCAGUCACCAAUUUCUGCAUGGAUCCGUUUUGCUCGUCAACGUCGUAUUCCAGUCGGUCUUAAAUAUACAAGUAGUACAGAUAGAGCGUCGGCUACGACGUCAAAUCAAACGAUAACUAUGUCGGCAAUAAAAAUUAAAUCUGAUGCUCAAUUAUUUUUUAAACGUCUUGAACAUAUUGUACUUUGUGGUAUGGAAAAUUAUAAAUGGACAAAUUGUUAUUCACUUCAAACGAAUAUAUUAGAUUUACUAAUUCAUUUAAUAUAUUUACGAAUGAAUUAUUGUCAACUUGAUGUACAACAGAAAUUUCUAGAUACUGUAAUUAAUCAUUGCGAGAAUCUAUCCUCGGAAAUUCAACGUCUUGAGACAGUAUCAAUGAUGAAUGUUAGCUCUUCAAAUCGUCAGUGUAUUAAAGGGGGUCAACUGUUGAAUUUGAAUAAACGAUUGUUAUCAUCAUCCUCAACAUCAGCGUUUACUUUUCGUGAUUUCUGCAAUUCUGAUUCAUUUCUGUUCCCCAUGAUGAAUUCGAGAGAACCGACUAUAUUACAACAACAUCAGCGUCUUGUGAACGCUUUAUUCCGUUUUUUGGUCACCUUGACUUAUCAAUACCGUGUUAUAUCAUCAUCUUUAACAUCAAUACCGCCAGCAUCAACGCUUGCACAAUCUAAGCAUCUUGAUUCUGGUAAUUCUGAAAACUCAGCUACUUCUCCUGCUUCUACUACCAGUAGUGCAAUCAAUGGCAAUGACGAGUCCAUCGAUUCACGUCUUGUUGAGUUAAGUCAGGUUGUUCAUUUAGCUGAAGCAUUAGCAGCAGAAACUUAUGAUCCUGGCAGUAUUGUACUAACUGCAAUGAUUCCAGUGAUCGUCGAUUUAUUUGUAAUUCAACAACCAUUAAAUCAAAGAAUUAAUAAACAAGCGGAAAAUGUUGAUCAAGCCAAAAUGAAUCAAAUUCAGCAAGCAAAUGCUCAACGUGAAACCAUUUUUAGUUUACUUUUACGUCGACUUAGUCAUUUACCAGCUAGUUAUGAUCAAAUAUCAUUGAUACUUGAAGAGGUGAAUAUAUCAACAAAAAUACGCAAAAGUGGAAAUGUCAUCUGCAUCAUUGAUUGUUUAACACAGAUUUCGAAUCAUAUCCUUUCUCAUCUGGCUACUGGUAUAGCUCAGAUCGAUAACUGUGCUGCCUUCGAUGCACUUCAACGUCUUCUGAAUCAUCUAGUUGUUAUCAUUAAUUCUUUGGACGAAAAUGAAUCAUCUCAAAUUGUUUGGAACAUCAUUUUAAAAGUUGAAGAAGUUCUUUACAAUGAAUUUCAUUCUAAGAUCCUUUUAGACAAUUAUAAUAUUUUGCAUUUUAUUCGUUGGACUGUGACACAAGUUUUCUGUGGUCGUUUCCUCUUUCAUCUAUUCAAUUGUUCCAGAAAAUUACAUCAGCCAAUAGAUUUUGACAUUUCUAAACGAAUAACAAGACUUUUUGAACAUUCACUACUUGCAUUUCAACAAAUUAUUGAUGGUAUAAAAUUUUUUCUACUUUAUGAACCAAUGAUCAUUGGUCAAAUAACUAGUUUACAAUUUGAUUAUUCACUAAAAUCUACUAAUCUGAUUCUUUUGAUUCAUUUAUCAUUGAAUCAUUCACUGAAUCUUAUAGAACUGGUGAAAUCAGACUUUUGCAUGAAUAUUGAAUGGAACAUUAAGCAGAUAACCUCAUUAAUCCAGGUUAUUCAUAAAACAAUUUACUCACUUGGAAAAUAUGAACCAUUGCUCUGUUUCUUAUGGUAUCAAUUAAUCUAUUCAAAAGAAUUAAAUAUAAUGAAUAUUCUAUUGAGAAAUUAUCAUACAAAAUCUUUUCCUAACAACAAUGAUGAUAAUUCAUUUAAAAUAUUUUUACCUAAUUUUUACAUAGAUUCCAAUUGGACAAGUAUAAAUUUAGAACUUGUUCAUCAGUUCAUUAUGAUAUCGUAUAUUCAAUCACAGUUGAAUUCAAACAAUGUCGAUAUUGUCUUGCAAAAUCUCUUAUCACCAGUAAGUGAUGGUCAUGUGAAUUAUUCAUACCGAAAGAAAAUUAUACGAUUACUCAAUAUGUGGCAUUCAGGAGAACCUAUUGUUUGUGAUUUAAUGUCGCAGUUAUCGAAUUCCAAAAGCGCAUUUAAACAAAUUCAUGAUGGGUUUAUGGAAAAUCUUUCGUUGAUGUCUCUUGAACAGAUACACUUUAUUCUCAGUAAUAUGUUUGACGAAAUUCAUACAGAAUCAACAACUUAUCAACUUGACACAUUGUUCAAUAUAUUCAUUACUCCUCAAUGUAAGCUGGUUUCAUUUGAAAAGGGAAAACAUUGUUCAUCUUGUACAAGGAGUACUAUGCCAAUCAGUUUACGAAUUAUUGCAUCUAUUAAAGCCUGUAAUAUAUUAGAAUGGAUCCUUAAAACCUGUGAUAAUAAGGUCGAGAAACUACAGUGCAUGGUGCCAUAUCAUGUCCUGUUGAACUAUCGCACGCGUUUAAUAACACUCAAGAACAAUUUAAAAUCAGAUAGAUUACUCAAUUUGCUCGACGAAAUUAUCAAAUUUACGAAUGAAAAGCCUGAUAAAACUGAGAAAUAUAUUUCUCCCAGCACGUUAACUCAUGUUAAUUUUAACGCAAUCAUAAAGCAACCUAAUGAGACCACUUGGUUAUUGAAUUCAGCAAAAGAUCUCUUGAUGCAAUAUAAUUUAUCAGCUGCAUUGAAUGGAAUUCGAUUGAUUCAUGCUCUUUCAGAAUGUUCGAAUAUUAAGGAAAAAAAGAUAUCCAAUAUUCUCAAUUCUGUAUGCCUUCGAUGCUCUCCACGAAUGUUGUACUAUGCUUUGGUACUUGGUUCGUCAUCCGCGUCUUCAUCAUUAUCUCUAAAUUCCCUUUCUGCUGUACCUGAAAUUACAAAUCAAGCUCAUAAACCUUGUUCAAAAACAUCACAUAUCACACCUUGUGUAAAUGUCUUAUUUCGAGUUGCUCAGAAAAUUCUGUUUCAAAAUAUACAGAAUAUUGUAACAAAUCCCAGUGAAUUGUUCACAGAAAUUGAAGAUCCGAAUUUGGCUGAUUCUGUACAAACAUAUUUAACCGGUCUAUCAUUCGCUUUAUUAGAGUUUCUUCGAGUUUUACCUCAUUUACCACUGGGGGAUUUAGUACCAAUCGAAAAGGAAACAGAUGCAUUGAGUUUUCUACUCAUUCUUAUCGAAUUCUUUUUUCAUUCAAUGGGUUAUCCAUAUUCUAAGAUAGCUAGUGUUUGUUCAGGCAAUAAUUAUUCCAAUACUGAUCAUGUAGUAAAUCAGUCACAAAUUAUGAACAAGGAUGGUGAUAAUAAUAAUAAACCUCCACGAUAUUAUAUCGUAUCUGUAACAAUGAUACAAACUAGUCUUCGAUUAUUAAAUUAUAUUUUACAAACAGCACUAAAUCGUUCUGCCAAAGGAGUGGAUUUGUUCGGUGGUGAUGGUAAAAAGAUUUUAUCUAUCUUUCUUGUCUUCAUAUGGAUGAUUGAUAAAUCAGCAUGUCUUUCUGAGUAUACAACAAUUUGGUCUAAAUCAACCAACCAACAUAUGAUAAUUGCUGUUCAAAGAAUCCUAGAUGAAUAUACACAGCAAUCGAUAACAAAGUCAUCGUCAUUAUUACCUGCACAAUUAUCUACAACAGUCUUAUUAAAUAAUUUACUCACUCCUUUACAUCCACCUAUUAUGGGUUUAUGGUGGCCUGAUUCGAUUUGUGCAUCGACUCUUUCUUACUUUUGUGCCGCAACUGCCUCAGUUGCAUCGUUUUCCAUAUUAAAUUCAAAUACGAAUCAAACAAGAUUAGGAAAUAUAGAAGGUGGAUUUAUUCAAACAUGUCAACUGAUUGGCAAGUGUAGACUGUUACGUUCUAACUUUAUUCAGUCAAUGGGAUUAGAUAUAGUUGGUCAAUUAAACAUUUGCACCUUAGGAAUUUCUCGUCUCCUACAUACUUUGAACGUAUCUAGUUCAUACAGUUACAGUUCAAUUAAUAUGUCAUUUCAUGAAUCUAAUGAUGUGAAAACGUCAGAUUGCAUUAAUUCAUUUGUAAACCUCGAUUUAGAUCAUUUAAUAGUGAACACUACCCGUCUUAACGCUAUGGGUUGGUUAGAUCGUAGAGAAUUUGAAAGAAUUUGGACAAAUUACUUAGAAUUAUUAUCCUCUGCAUCAGAUGCUCAGCAAAAUAUCUACUCAAUUAAAAUAGAAUCUGAUAACGGACAACUAACAAGUUCAGAGGAAUCAAUUGAAUGCAAUCAGUCUAUUGUAAUUGGUCUACGUGGUUUAACACGAUUGCUUAUGGAUACGUCAUUGAAACCUCAACCUGGUGAUACAUUAUACUCCCGAUUACAUCAUCACUCUCGCCUUGGAAUACCACAUUUCUCUCACACUAAACUUGGUCGAAAAUUGAUUUCAUUACUAACCAUGAUUGAACGGGAACAGGAUUAUAUAAAUAAUUCUCACGAAUACUCUCUAAUAUGUACAACACAUUCGGAAUAUAUGAAUCGAUUAAAUGAAACUGGAGAUUUAGAAUUAAUUAAUUUAGAGCGUCUAACAAAUUGGUUUUCAGAUGGUCCUAGUCAGUUUGCUGUAGAUCGACUAAUUCGACGUUUACUGAAAGUGAAAAAACUGCAGUUAACUACGUCACAAUCUAUUAACCCUUUACCAAUUCCAAAGUCUAAUCAUCGUCCAACUAGUGUUCUUACAUUACAAAAUUAUGAAGAUCCUUUAUUUUCAUGUCUUCAGUCAUUACAAUUAUUUUACCAUUCAUGUCUCAAACCGGAACCUUUUACUAUACGAUCUGAUAAUGAAGAUAUGAAUACUUUAUUGUUGGGAACUUCAAAGCUUGUUGAUUUAUUCACAUCUAAUUCAGCUAUUUCCCCUUCGCUAUUAAAUAAAAAUUCUACUUUUAAACAAAUAAAACAGCAAACUUCAACGGUGAAAGGACCAGCUUUUGAUGUUUGGCAAUCAAUUCUCCAAUCAGCUAUCAUUUUAUCCGAUUUAUUUACAACACAAGAACAAUUUAUUUGGUUAAAUGAUCAUUUACAAGAUGCAUUAAAACAAUUACCAACAUGGGAUGAAUUUCAAUCACCAAUACAUUUAUGGUUAGCAUUAGGAAUUUCAAAAUGUACUGCUGUAUUAGAAUUAGUUAAUAGUUCACCAACUAAUUCGCAUGUACUUCAACCUUAUUCACUUGAACCAGCUGUAAAACAAACAAUGAAUGCUAUUAAUUCUAGUUUAUUAACAGUACAAAAUGCUGGUUUACAUAGUGCAAUGUAUUUAUUACAUGCAGCAUUAUUAAUUAGAAGACAACCAUAUCAACAACAAUUACAACAACAUAGUCCACCAACUGGUUCAUCGUUGUUAAAUGAACUUUAUACAUUUCUAUACAGUUAUUUGGAAAAGAAGAUUAACACUAUAUUCUGUAAUUCAGUAGUAACAAAUUUACUAGGCACCGAAACAUUAAUUAACCAGAAUUUAUCAGUUUCUCCUAAUGGAUCAUCGGGUAUGAAACGAUUCAUGCAAGCUGUACUUCAUCCAGGUACGGCUAGCAAAAUUUCUAAUACUUCUAGUGUGGAACGAGAGUCUUCUAUAAUUCAUUUAUCAAAUAUUGAUUUGACAGAUCAUAUAGAACAACAUCAACUAAUGAUACUUUCAACAGCGUUUUUCUUAACCGAACAUUUUUCUGGUCCACCAGUUUAUCCCAUUGUAACAGAUCCAGGCAAUGGUAUUACAGAAAUGUUAUCUGGUCUAACAGCUGUAUUGUUUCGAUUAGCAUCAUGUAUGCUUAGUGAUGUGCCUAUAAUGAAUCAGUCAAAAUAUACAAAUAACGCUAAAUGUUCAGCAUUGAGUACAGGGACUACAGUAGAUUUGAGUUAUUCCUUUCCAGUCCAUUUGGCAUGGUGUCAAGGUAUUGAACGUCUCAUUCAUACCGGACGCCUUGGUAAAGGCGCUAUUGGUAGCCUACAGAAAAUGUGUAUCAGUCGAAUACGAACCUGUCGCUCGCCCCAUAUUAGUUUUCUUGCUAUUCGUUUACUACUAACUUGUAUGUACACAAGUUUAGGACGGUUGAACGAUCGCAUUCAACAUUAUAGACGUAUUCAUCAUACUCAACAAUCAGACAGUACCAGCACUAAUUGUGAAAUAAAUAUCAAUAAUAAAAUUAAUCAAGUUGCUAUGUCAAAUGAAGAUACACCUGAUUCUGAGAAUAUUGUGGCUAUUACUCAAGAAUCUAUCAAUUGUCUAUGGGAAAGAAUUCGUGGUGGAAUAUCACUUAUUAACUCCCCCGUUCAACCUACUCAUGGAUUACACAUUGCUUGGACAAGUGUUACUGAAGCUCGUUUGAUUACAAGAUUGUUACCAUUUAUCAGCAGUGAUGUGACUCAAACUUUUAUGGGUCUAAUAAGCACUCCAGAAUCAAUGAAUAAACAGUCAAUCCUUUCAUCGUCAAUACUUGGUUGUGAUUCUCUACCGAAUUCUGUUUUAAAUAAAGCCUUAGGUGAAUUCGCUCGUGCUGACCAUUCAUUUCCUAAUUUAGCAGCUUCAAAUUUAGCUCAGUUAUUUGAAAGUUUUAUGCAAAAUGAAAAUGGUCAAAAUUUAGUUCGACAGUGGGUUCUUCUUUCAUUUCCUACACUAUUAACUCGUCAACCCUCUUAUUUGGCAAUAUGGGCUUGUACUGUAUGCCUGUUAGCUGCGGCUACAGAACCAAAACUACGUACAGCGCUAUUUUUAUGUUAUACUCAUAAAUUAUCCAACACUGAGCCAAAUAAUUCAUUCGAUGUAGGCACUGAUACUGCUACUACUACCAACACUAAUAAUAAUAAUAAUAAUUUACCUUCUUCUUCUUCUUCGUCAGUUGUCAUCACAUCCAGUAUAGAUCUAUGGUUAAAUGACCUUUUAUACUUAGCUGCUUAUCAUUUUGUUACGGAUGGUUUAUUAAAACCUAUUUUGAAAUCGGAAUCAGAGAUACUGUAUAAUAAACGUCAAGCUGAACGUGAGCAUUUUCUUGCUUUGAUCAAAGAUCAUUGUGAUACACUAUGUACUACUAAUAAUAAUUCCAAUGUUACUAGUCCAACUACUACCGGUGCAACAAAGGAUAUCAGUAGUAGUAGUAGUAUUAGUAACAAUAAUAAGCCAUUUUUCAACAAUAAUAUAAAAAUUAAUGCUGAAAAUUCCUCUAUAUUUCAUCAGUUAUAUACAAUAAUUAAAAAACAAGUAUCUGACAAUUCAUCAUAG